GCGCGUCCCCCCGGGCGGCCCCUCCCAGGACAGUGGCGAGGGCCCCGGCAGCAGCCGCGAGCGGACAUGCACUGCGAGCUCGCCGCGGGUCAGAAAGACAGCGCCCGCCUCGAGGGGACCGACAAAUGCCAGGGAGCGCCGCAGAAGGAUCUGCCGCGGGUGACUCGUCCCGGCGCUGCUAAAGCUCACUUGAAUGCUCAGAUGUCCUUUAAAGCAUCCGUCAGCAACAGCAGUGACCACACGGAGCCUCAGCAGAGCCCACCUGAAAUGUCAGCGCCUCUGCUAGAUUUCAUCCCCAAACGACCCAGCAUAUUCGAGAGGAUUCCGAUUCUGCCCAGGGCGCAGGAGCUGCGAUGCGCUAGAGGCUCGAAAGAUUAUUUCCAGCAGCAGAAACAUCAAAGCGUGAAGGUGAACGGUGGCUACAAUCACUGCAGCUUGAUCUCUGAGAAGAAGAACAUGAUGGACAUGGAGAUGACGAGUGGCUCGGUGCCUGUCUGCAGGCAAGGUCUGUUCCUGCACACGGGGAACUCGCUGAUGCGCGACCACGCGCUGUCCCGGGACAGGCUGCUGCACGUGGGCCAGCUCAACUUGGCGCACUCGGAUCUCAGGUCACCCAGGUUUCAAGACUCAGUAGAUUCUGCUGCUCCAUGCCUGAAUGGAAGUCACCCGGCUCAGCACAUUAAACAAGAAUGCCCCAGUGAUUAUAAGGUUUUGUCUGAGGCUUCCACACAUAGGAGGAUUACAGAGGGGAUGGAGCUGAGAGCCUCCGGUAGUCUGCAUCCUGAACUAGACCUAAUGAAUAAUAGCUUUACAAAUUCACUUUCGUCCUACUUGUUUAAUAAUGAACACAGCUCCUCCCUGGGUCCUUUGUCACUUGGCACCCCUCAGCACUCAGCCAGGCUACAAACAAGCAACCUGAAGAAGAGAUGCAUCUCUGUUGUGCCGUCUUCAGCCGAAGGAAUCGAUAUUACGGCGAUCAUCCGCACGUCGCAGACAUCGCUGGUCACCUGUGUGAAUGGACUGCGAACUAACUCAACUGGCAUUUCCUCUCAUCCUGUGGAGAUCAGUCAUCACAGUGCUCAGAAAUCCUCUCAGCCCCAGUCUUGCUCUCAGCCUGGAAACCCUUGCAGUAUUCCCUCCCCUCCAGCAUGUCUUGUACCUCUCUCCACUGAAUGUGACAGAGGUGACUGUGAGCAGAUACAAAUGCAGCAAGUCGAGGAGAAUGGCAGCCUCAGCCUUAUGAUGAAUGGCACGAGCCUUCCUCACCAGAACUCCUCGCACGGCACCCAGAAGGUGAGUUUCUUAAAACAAGAGCCAGCUGACGAUUAUUCCUCCACUGCUGAUCUUUUUCGCCAUCACCAGGGGCUGCCUCCCCCUUACCACCUCCACCAGCAGCUCAGCCAGACCGCGGGGACGCUGCCUCACCUCAGCACCUCCAUGUCUCCCAAGUCCCUGCAGCCCAGCGACGGCGACGAGCAGGAGCUCAGCAGUGGCAAGCAGGUCUGUCAGUGGAUUGACUGCAGUGCCACUUACGACCAACAAGACGAACUGGUCAGACACAUAGAAAAGACUCACAUUGACCAGAGGAAAGGAGAGGACUUCACUUGCUUCUGGGCAGGCUGUGUCCGCCGCUAUAAACCCUUCAAUGCUCGUUACAAACUGCUGAUUCAUAUGAGGGUUCACUCUGGAGAAAAACCAAACAAGUGCAUGUUUGAAGGGUGCAACAAGGCAUUUUCUAGGCUUGAGAACCUCAAGAUUCACCUCCGGAGUCAUACUGGGGAGAAGCCAUACCUGUGUCAGCAUCCUGGCUGCCAGAAAGCUUUCAGCAACUCCAGUGACCGGGCAAAGCAUCAGCGGACACACCUGGACACCAAGCCCUACGCCUGCCAGAUCCCCGGCUGCUCCAAGCGCUACACCGACCCCAGCUCCCUGCGCAAGCACGUCAAGGCUCACUCCGCCAAAGAGCAGCAGGUGCGUAAGAAGCUAAAGUCUUGUACUGAUAUUGAACAAGAUGUACUCAGUGAAUGCUUAGCUAUCCAACAGCUCCACACAUCUUCACAGCACAUCCUGGAUGGGAAGUGUGCCAGAUCUGUAGGUCCUCAUGAUUUAAUUACAGGCAUGUACAGUGGAUCCAGCACCAACCACAAUGGCCCCUCCCCAGCUGUGCUGCCUCCUCCUCACGACAUUCCUUCAAGGCACCUUCCCCUCGACUCUGCCCUGUCCAGCCCACACCAGCACCAGUCGCCGCUGGAGAGUGCCAGGGACGGGCUUGCUCCCAACAUAAUCUCUCCACUUGUCAGCCCCCUGAAAGCUUUAGUUCCACCUUCCCUCUUGCAGAAACAUGGCUCUCCAUCAUCCCACAGCCAGUCACCCAACGGGCAGCAGUUUUCUGGGAUACCAAACACAUCGUACGCCCCAUUUCCCAACCAGUCUGUACAGCAGGGAUCUCAAGGUUACCAAGGCAGCUUUCACUCCAUACAAAACUGUUUCCACUACGGAGAUUGCUACAGAACAAUGGACCAGUCUGUCAGCAGUGAUGUGCUCACAGGGGACUCCCAUUGCUUCAGUCCUCUGAGGCAGAAUGGCUAUCACAUACUCAAUGCACCUUUAGCUUCAACAGGCUAUGAGGGGAUCUCUGAAGCCCAGUGUGUAUCUGAAGACAUGGUUUCCAGUGGAACUGAUGAAAAUGGAUUCUUCCAGACCAGUGCCUUUGAUCACUGCUUGAAUCACAUUCCUUCCAUCUACACAGAUACCUAAGAGCAGUGCUGGCCUUGUUUCCUUUAUUAUACCUGUAACUGCGUAUGUAAUAACAAAGGUGUUGUUCAAGUACUUUUAUUUAGUCUGUAUCCCUAUAUGUGCUCAUUUAAAUGAACACCUCACAUUUACCAAACCAUUUUAUACAUGAAUAGUCUGUAUAAGAUAAUAUUGGACCCUGUUCCUUUGCUGUGGCACUUUGAAAUUCAUGCUUUAAGGGAAUGAGGAGUAUUUCAAGCAGCUUGUUUUGUAAGUUCUCUCAGUAAAGUGUAAAUGUAAGUUAUAUAAUAAACUUGUAAAGAAGAUGUUUUCCUUCUUGGAAAGUAUGCUUCAGUUUGAGAAUGUUGUUCCCUUUAAUCAGUUUUCAUUUAACUUGUUGGUUCGGUCUUCCCUUUUUUCUUUUUUUUUUUUUUUUAACUAAAAGGAUUUUUUUAAUCAGAGACCUCAUGUAUAUAAAGAUCUACAUUUGCUCAGCUGUUUUGUAUUUUCAAUUUUACAAGAAAGCAUUAAAAACUGGAAACAAGUGUACUGUCAUUUCUUAACACCACUGGGCUCCCUGAUACUGCAUUCCUAACGUGCCUGAGAGGGAUUUUAACCAAGCAGUGACAUCUCAGUCACUGUGACAGUAAAUCAGCCCACGUGUAUGUGAAGGAAACCAAGAACAGGGGUCCCCUGCAGUAGUUUGGUUCCCUGUCACUGUGGCCCUUGCCCCAAUGAGCUGCACUUCCCAGCAGAGUGGUGAUUCCUGGGACACAUCCUGCAAGGGGCCCCCAGUGUGUGCCAGGUUAGAGCUGAGCUCCUGAAAGUGUCCCGUGGCUCUGGGAGAACAGUAAGGAAAAACUGACUGGAGGGGGAAAAAAAGAGCUCUCAUUUACAAACCACUGCAACUUGGGCUUCAAAAGGGCUGUCCAGACCCUGCAUCAGUCCAUGUCUGUUCUCUUACAGAGUU